AUUCCCUCAUGUAUCAUGAAUCCUCGUCAACGCGUGUCCGUAGCAUGUCAAGCCUGUCGAAAGAGACGCGUUAAAUGCGACGGGGUCAAACCAUGUUGUUCGAGAUGCGCCACAUUGAAAGAGCCCUGCGAAUAUCAACAUUCCGAAGAGAAGCGCAAACCACCGAGCAAGCGCUAUAUCCAAUCGUUACUUUCGCGUAUAGAAAGCCUCGAGCGACAAGUAGCAGACUAUGAAGGGCGGAAAGUGCCAUCCCAAAGCUCUAUACCGAUUGAUCAACAGAGCCGUCACUUGAUCAGCGACUCAACUCCCCAAGACUCUGUCCAGGAACUAGUCGAUCUUUGUGGCGGACUAAGCCUGGGAGAGGGGCAAGAACUGCGCUUCUUCGACUCCCGCAGUAACCUGGCUCUAGUCGCCGAGCAACUGGAUGAGAGGUGCCAUGAUCAUCUGCUGAAAUUCUCGGCGAACCGGAGUCAGCGACCAGGAAUUGGCGAGGUCGAAGUGGAUCGCUCAACCCAAGAGGAGUUGUUGAGUGUAUUUUGGAGAUGGCAGAAUUCAUGGCAAUAUCUAGUCCACGAGAGUGCCUGGCGUCGAAGCUAUGAAGCGCGGGAUAAUAAUUACUGCACUCCUGUUCUGCUAUAUGCGAUGCUGGCAGUGGCGGCUCGCUACUCCGAUGAGCCAACUCUUUCACAUGAUUACGGCCCGAGCACUGCGGGUAUCAGUUUCUCUUCAAAGGCAAAGCAACUGAUUUUCGAGGAGAUUGAAGCGCCUCGCCUUUCAACGGUGGUAGCAGCUGCAUUGGUAUCAGUAGCUGAGUUGUCCUUGGAUAUUGAGCCCGCAGGAUGGACAUAUAUCGGAAUCGCUCUGAGGAUGGCCUAUACCUUGGGCCUUCACAUUGACCCUCGUCAAUGGAUCGAAUCUGGUCGCCUGAGCGCUGAAGAUGCGGAAAUUCGCUCAAUCGCUUGGUGGGGCUGUUAUAUGAUCGAGAAAUUUUACAGCAUUGCGCUGGGUCGGCCGAGCGCAUGCAACGAACGGGACAUAUACACUCCUUUGCCCGCCGUAUUGCCUGAGAUCGAGUUCAGAGGCCUCGAAGGAUCGUUGAGAUUACCAUCCGAACUUCAUUUGCCCAUGGGGUACUCCAUAACUAAUUUUCGCUACACGUGCAAGAUGCUUAGACUGGUCACUAGUCCUUUGGAUGAUAUCUACUCACCAGGCCCCGAGACUAAGCCUGAUGACAAGAUAGAAAUCGUUCUAAAGACUUCUGUUGCAUUAUCUGCAUUCUACGACAAAAUCCCAAGUGUGAUUCGGCUGCCCUCCUCUGCCUCAGGUAGCCCAGUGGCUGUACAUAUUUACUAUUUUCAUAUUCAUUAUCAUGGCCUUAAUAUUCUCCUUCAUCGACCAUUCAUCUCGAGACAGGCCAUUUCUCCAACGGUCAGAAAUGAAGCGGGCACGGCUUGCAGGCACCUUGCAGAAUGCACCAGGUCCGCUGAAACACUGACGAUGAUACUGAGAGAUGUCGAAAAACAUUAUUCUCUGAGAACCGCGACUAUGUCAGUUAUACACCCCUGCCUUACAGCAGGCCUAAUUCACCUAUGCAACUGGACUCUGCCCAAUCCCGACGCAAAGUCAAAAGCAAAGAAACACUUUCUUCAUAUUAUAUACAGCCUCAAUCAGCUGAGCACUGCGUGGGUAUGGGCACUUCGAGCGAUCCGAUUACUCAAAUUGGUCGCGCAUCGUUGGGUACCGGAGGAUUAUGCGGGCUUGAUGGCAAAUGAGCUGGCAUACCUCCCGAAAGGGACCAUAGAACAGUCCACAGCACCGCCGUGUAUGCCGGAUACUGUUAGCAAUCAGCACUGGGAUGAUCUAUUAUUACACAAUCCUGACCCAUCAUGGCCUGAGGGUGACUUGUUUCAAUCAGGACUGUCGUUAUUCGGUCUUGACCCGUGGCCAGAGGAUUUUCUGCUUCCAGGGCAGGCGUUGCUGUGACAGUCGACAAAUGACCAUCAACGGUCAUUGACCAUGGCCGAUAUCAUACAAAUGACCAAGCCCUAGUGUCCUCGGGCAGUAAGACAGGCUUGGCAUGAAACCCUAGAAUUCUUGAACAAGUUUGGUAGGGGACAUGCCAUUCUCUAGGCCUAAUAAAAUAGCAGAACACAUAGAAGGAAAAAUGUCUUGCAUAGGCCUUCUACUAUCACCAAUUUCCUUUCCAAAAGACCUCGUGGUUGUUGAUUAAUAGGAGUUGAAAAAAGUGGAUGUUUUUUGAGCGUCGGAGCGAUGUUGUACACCUACUGUACGA